AUGUCCCAGGAUGGACAGACAGCUGAGGAGAUGGCUGUGCUGCCUGAGCAGGACCCUCUUGCUGCUGCCGAGGAGAAGGAGGGAGCACUGGAGGAUGCUGGAGCAGAGGCACCGUUCAUUCCCCUGUGGUCUUCAGAGAUGGGGAUGCCAGACACUCUGCCCAGCACCUGGGCUGGGGGGGAAGACACAACCACCUUGGGGACUGCCCUGGGAGAAGACACCGCUGGGAUAACACCCCUGGAGGGUGCUGGAUCCCCUGGACCACCCCCAGCACUGCCCAUGCCCGAGGAAGCCAUUUCCAGCCCUCGCUCAGGCUGUGGGGAGCAGGAAACACAGCAGAUGAGUGGGGAGGACAACCAGCAUGAUGGCUCUGCCAGCUUGGUGUGGGCAGCCGUGCCGGGGAUGCUCUUCCAGGAGGACAGGAAGACCAGCCUGCACCCUCUCAGCCUCUCCUGGGUGUUGGGCUACAACAGCAGCCUGGCCGUGCACAGUCUGAUGGAUGAGGAGGACCAGGUGCUCCUGUACGUCUCCUCCCACACAGUGGUCAUCCAUGACAUGCUGGGGAACAGGCAGUACCACCUGCAGGGCCACACAAAUGUCAUUUCUUGCCUGUGUGUGAGUGAAGACAGGCGCUGGGUGGCAACUGCUGACCGAGGGCCAGAUCCCCUGAUCAUCGUGUGGGAUUCCUUCUCUGGGGUACCGGUACGGACCAUCUUUGAGAGUCACCCAGAGGACGGGGUCAGCGCUAUUGCUCUGUCCAAGGAUGCGAAGUAUUUGGCAACUGUUGGUGCUGGAACAGUGCAGAGAGUUUGUGUUUGGAAAUGGACUUUGCCCACAGAGAAACCCACGUGCAGCACGGAGCUGAGGCCUGAGUUUGGGUAUCAGGAUUAUGUCAUUUUUAACCCUCAAAAUCCCUCUGAGUUUGUCAGCAACAGCAAAACCCAGGUGAUAUUUUACCUGUGGAGCGAUGCUGGGUUGCAGUACGAAGUGCCGCUCCUGAGCAGCCAGACCUUCAAUAGUGUGGUGGGACACUUCAGCCAGUCGGUUUUUCAUUUUAACAACUCACAAGCUCUGACGGGCACCUCGGCUGGGAAUCUUGUGGUGUGGCACAUCGUCAGUCCCCGCUCCCCCUCCAAGGAAACGCAGACCAAGCCACACGUGAAGGCCACCAAACUGGUGCCUUUGCAGAAGGAGAGCCUUACCGUGCUCCAGGUGUCCGAGAGCUGCAUAGUGACAGGGGACAGGAAAGGUCAGGUUAAAUUCUACAAUGGGAACCUGCAGCUCCUCGCCUGCUACAGCCACAGCAAAGUGGGUCCCAUUCGGUCCAUCUCCUUUUACAAAACCCCUCGUGGUGCCUCCCCAGCCUCCUCCACCUCCAGCAUCACUGGCAACCAGCCCUUCAUCACCAGGAACUUUAUCCUUUCAACCUCUGAUGCAACCGUGUUCCAUGUUGCAACAGACAGCGCAAACUUUGAAAAAGUCAUGGAAGAAGCAAAGCGAGCUGUGAAUGCUGUCGCCUGCCACCCCCGGCAGGCACGCCUGGCUGUGGGGAGUCACUGUGGGCUGCUGAAGGUGUGGGACUACCAGCAGACCACGUACCUCGUUAGCAGGAUAUUCACCAAGGCCGGCAUCCGGUGCUUGUCCUAUGACCCUGAAGGUUAUUUUCUGGCUGCUGGUUUUACUGAUGGAAGUGUUUACAUCCUCGAUGCCAUUUCCCUUCAGUCCAGCUGCAAAGAGUUCAAGUUCUCACAUGGUCCCGUAACUCAUAUCAGCUUCUCUCACGAUUCCGAGUACCUCGCCACUGCCGAUGAGAAAUACUCGGUGAUUGUUUACAAGAGAGUCCUGCAAGACGGGAGCAGAUGCUGGGAACACCUAGCAGGGCUGCACUCCCACUACAAACCCAUCCGGAGCAUCCUCUUUGGGGUCCAGUUAGACAGCAAUGAGCCCAGGCUCCUGAGCCUUGGGGAGGACCGGCAGCUGGUUGAAUAUGACCUGAACAGCAGUAGCAAGGACCACUUGGUGGUCUUGCACAAGGACAGGGUAGAGCAGAUUGCUGUGCCCUUGUGCUUGGCCUGGUACCCACAGUUCAGCACUGAGUCCUUUAUCCUCACUGCCAACAGCUCCUACAAAAUGAAGCUCUACAACACAACGACCAAAAUGUGCAGAAAGACCCUUUUGGGACCAACCUAUGGCUCCCCAUUGGAGAAGAUGCAAAUCCUCCCAACAACGGACCCCCAGAAACACUACCUGGCCUACAUUACAAAGGACAAGGUAUGGAGCCCCGUCUGCCCCAUCUGUACAAGAGCCCCACUCAUGGGGGUGGUGCCCCCCCGUGGGACCCCCAGCCCUCCCAGGCUCCCUCUUUCCUUACAGGUGGGCUUGCAGAUUUUGCCUGUCGAUGGCAACCCCCACAAGUCCUCAGCUUUCAUUUGCCACCCGGAUGGUGUCUCUGACCUCGCUAGCUCCUACGAUGGACGCUACAUCUUUACAGUGGGGGGGAACGACUGCACUCUUAUGAAAUGGGAGGUCAACCUAAAUGCGUUGGAUGCUGCUGCUUCCCUGGGUGGGGAGGACUUGAUCCCAUUCUACAACCUACUGGAUGGUGGCAGGGAAGGCGAAUUCUUCAGGGAACUGGAAGACUAUUUUUACUAUGCACAGCUGCGCAGCUGUGGUGUCGAUACACUGGAGACCAGACAGGUGUCAACACAUAUUCCCUUGGAGGAAAUUCCUUCUGUAAUGAGAGCAAUGGGAUUUUAUCCAUCAGAGGAAAAGAUUGAAGACAUGAUAAAUGAAGUAAAAUUCGGCGAGUAUGUGGAUACUGGAGAACAAGUGACAAAAAUCAGUUUAGGGGAUUUUAUCAAACUUUAUAUAAAUCAUCGACCUGCAUUUGGCUUGUCAAUGAAAAAAAUACAACGAGCGUUUCAGGUUCUUGGUUAUGAUAAUGAGAACGGAGACAAAGUUAUUGACAGAGGAGACUUACUGUUGCUGCUUCAGUGCAGAGGAGAGCACAUGACAGAGGACGAGCUGGCACAGUGUCUGAUCACCCUGAUGGGCAGGCAUCCUGGAGGAGGAGGAUCCGAACCGGACACCUACGAUCCCUCAGGUGCAGCAGCUUUGACUGAAGCAGAAAUUCCAGAGGAAAUCACAGCAGAGAUAUUCGCUGCUGACAUUCUUGGCUUACCUAUUGCUGAACCAGGAAAAAAGAACAGAAAAAAGAGAUGA